AUGAAGGGCUUGCUGCCACUUACAUUGUCGACGUCUCCCUCUUCGAGCCUCUCGAGUCCGAUGCCUGGGAAAGCUGUUGAUCAGCGAGUUGAUGGCUAUUUCCCUGAGCUGCUGGCUCAAGACCUCGAGUUCUCCAAGAUCGUUUUUGAGGCCCGAAGGAUGACGGCCGGCUCACCCGUCACCUCAUGCCUGUCGCCGUAUCCGUCAGCAUACGCGCGCGUCCAGACCCUGGGAGCCAUCCAGGAGCGAAACUCAAUGGUGUCAUUCCUUGAUCAGCAGGAAGACGCAACCUCUGUCCAUGUGGCAUCUGAUUCGUGCUCUGCAACCGAAACCGAUGCGUCGUCUGUCUAUGACGCGGCGCCGCCCUCCUUUAUGACACGACACCGCCCGUCCAUGGACCUGAAAGCAGCUUCGUCGGAUCCGACAAGAAGGAGCCUGCUUCCACUGUCAAAGCUUUCGCUCUUGUUGCCUUCAGAGAGCUCUCGCGGCGGCAGCAGCUGGAUCGAAACCGACUCAGACGUCGAGGAUGAGGAUGCCAGCAUAUAUGGCGCCACGCUCCAUCUCUCACCAAGGCCGCCCACGCCGCCCGAGUUCGAGGUCGGCAUUGACUCUCAGCCAUCCAGCGGGAACGUGCAUAAGCUUCUGCAUCGGAAAUCGCAUUCGGCCGCUGCGGCCGCCACUCUCGCGUCACCACUGGGACAACACUUGAGCCACUCGGCGACGCAGGUGCGGCGGCCAAGCUCAACGCAGUGCACCAGGCAUUCCAACUCUCAGAUGCAGUAUCCCGACAGCCCCGAGAGCAUCUGCAUGCCCAUGUCUCAGUACACUCCCUCCGCGCCGCACUCGCAGAGCCUGCACUAUCUGCCCGACAGUGCCCUCUCUCGGCGUGCAAGCAACAGGUCCAGCAUGAGGACGGCCAACAGCCAUGAGGCUGCGCGGCUGAGUGACGAAGAUGCCAGAGCAGAAUACAAUCAGUUCAUGUCUUCGAUUGACGCAAAGUACGCACCUAGACUUGACAGUGUCUACAUCCGCCCCUCGCCCCCUCCGUCGCCGCUUCCCAGCGUGCAAAUGUGGCUCAACGGGAGCGCGCAGCUGUUUUCUCUGCCCUUCCAGAGCGAUGAGCUGGCUCGAGUCGUGCCUCUGCCGCCUGAUGUGAUGGAAACGCUGAGGGUCACUACGGCAUGUUUCCCAGAGACCAUGCUGCUCUCUUCUAGCCUGACUAUCGAGACAAUUCGAACGUACUCUAGAAAGGCUAGGAACCCAGUAGUCGACCUUGCCCUUCUCCCGGGCCCGCGAAGCCAUGCCCCGAUGUCGAAGCAGUCAUUAUGGCGAAGGGUAGUCAAGCGGGGACCACCACAGCCGGGUCAACGGACUCGUGAUGUGCACACUCCCACUGCAAGCUUGCUGCAGUCACCCAGCGUGACGUCCCUGGAGUCCAUCAAGCCGUGGGCAUCGGUCAAGAACGUAUUCGGGAACUGUUCCGACUACAUCUGCGAUGCGCUCUAUUCUCACAUUGUCGCGUAUAAUUACGUCUCCGCUCUUGUCGCGCGGUACCCGACCUCUCAACACAAUGGGCGCUCCGAGUCACCUGCGGGAUCACUGCAUGAGGACAUCCCGAAGAAGGCGGCCUCGCUUCUGGGCCUCAAUGAAGGACCCCCCAUGACCUCGGCAGCAUCAAUCCGAUCAGCGAGGAGAUUCAGCUCUUCGCACUGGGGUAAGGAAGACGUCAUGACGACGAGCACGGGCUCUACCUCCACCAGCCAGGACAUGGCGCUCAGGAACAUCCAGACAGAGCUUUUACGGUGUAUCCGGCGUUUGAUUGCAACUGCGAGGCUCAUGGCUGAAAGCAACACCACGGAUGAGAAAGUGGUAGAGAUGGAGAUGGAGGAUGGGGACGUGCUAUUUAUGCGAAGCCUCUGUGAAAUUGUGAGGGUGAAUGAAGAGGCUUCAGCGUAUCUAUAA